CCGUUGAAGAUGUUACUUUUGUUUAAGCUUUUAGUACUAUUAGGAUUUUCCCUAUUCAAAUGGACAGAAGCUCAACGAUCAGACAUCAUGCCUCGAAAUCUUGCCGAAAAAAAUCGUUGCAUCGGUUACAAGACCUGUAGCGAAUGUCUUCAACUGGCAGGAUGUGCCUGGUGCUCAAAAAAGGAUUUCUUAAAUAACGGAAAACCUUUAGCUCGAUGUAACCCUGUUGACUGGUUCAAUUCUAAUGACGACCAUUUGCUGGAAGAAAGUUGCAGUGGUUCGAUAAUAUACUCGACUACCAACACUACGAUUCAAGCAAUUAAAGAUGAAGUUCUGGGACAAGAAGGAAGUGGAAAUCAACUAAAACCGCAAAAAAUGUUAAUUAAGACGAGUCCACAUAAGCCUGUCAACUUUCAAAUCAAGUUCAGAAGGGUAUCCGGAUACCCUGUGGACCUAUACUAUAUUAUGGAUCUUUCUACGUCGAUGAAAGCUAGCAAAGAAAAACUUGUCAAUCUGGCAGCCUCAUUGGCUGACGCCAUGCGAAACAUCACUACAGACUUCAGAAUGGGGUUUGGUUCCUUUAUCGACAAGCCCAUUAGCCCUUUUGCCAACGAAGUGCAACCCUUGAAACCAUACUUGUUUCGACACCACAUGAAACUAUCGAAAGAUGCCACUACGUUUGCUCUGCAGGUUAACAGUGCUCCCACUUUCGAUAACUUGGAUUCACCAGAAGGAGGUCUAGAGGCCUUAAUGCAAGCCGUCGUCUGCACCCAAGAAAUUGGCUGGAGGAGCAAUUCUCAUCGUUUAAUCAUUUUUUCAACGGAUGCCCCUUAUCACAUUGCAGGAGAUGGAAAGUUGGCAGGAAUCUCGUUACCCAAUGAUGAGACCUGCCACGUCCUACAGGACAGAAAUGGCCAAUUUUAUUACGACCAUUUUCGCUGGUUGGACUAUCCAAGUAUGGCUCAGAUAAGCCGUCAAAUCGCCAACAAUUCCAUGAAUGUUAUUUUCGCGGUUCCGGGUUCAAUGGUUACGACCUAUCGUGAUCUUAGUGCACGACUUCUGGGAGCCUCAGUGGGAGAAUUGACAAACGAUUCGUCCAAUAUUGUAGCUCUUGUUCAAGACCAGUAUAAUAAAAUUAGUUCGUCAGUGAAACUAACGCACAGAGCAUCAGAAUACGUCAGUGUCAGCUACUCGUCCUCGUGUUCCACUAACGGUCAACCCAUUAACACAAACCGUUGCGAUGGAAUCAAGACUGGAUCAACGGUGACGUUUGAUGUAACCAUCAUUGUGAAGUCGUGUCCUCGAGGAAGCAGUUUUCAAGAAGUGGUCGAAUUCUUCCCCGUUGGUGUGAAUGAAGUAGUAACGGUUGAAUUGGAUGUAAUCUGUCAAUGUCCUUGUGAGGCAAAGGACCAGUGGACCACGCGUAGUGAAUGCAGCGGUGCAGGGCAAUACAUGUGUGGUUAUUGUGUUUGCGACCCGGAUUUCUCAGGUUCUUCAUGCGAGUGUGAGGGUGGCAAUGCACGAAAACCAAACCCUUUAGCUAAGGGCUGUAAACCACCACACCAAGGAAAUACUUCAUCCUUUCCUAAUUGCAGUGGUCGCGGAAGCUGCAUAUGCGAUGCGGCCUGCAAUUGCCACUCGCCUCCUGGUAGGAAAGUUUGGGGUGAUUAUUGUGAAUGUGAUGACUUUGCUUGUCCGGUUUCACCCAUCAACGAACUCGUUUGCUCUGGGCCCGAGCAGGGCAUUUGUCCUUGUAAUGGUGGAGGAGUUUGUGAAUGUAAACCAGGAUGGCAGGGUAACAGUUGUCAAACUAAAUGUCCUAAAAGUCAAGAAACUUGUUAUGAAUCUGGAAUAGCCCAGGGUGCAAUGUGUUCUGGCCGUGGAACUUGCAACUGCGGUAAAUGCUUGUGCAACAAAACAAAAGACGGAGAUACCUAUACUGGAAAUUUCUGUGAAGUCCCACCGUGUAGAGAGCUGAAAGAAUGUGUUCAGUGUUUAGCUUUUAAAAUCGGACCGUUAGCCGAAUAUGAUUGCCGUGGCUGUAAAUUCAAUGUUACAUUCGUAGCAGUUGAAAAAAUCAAAGAAACCAAAGAAGGCGAUCAAACCUGCUCUUUCCAGCAGUACCAAGACGGAUUGUAUUGCAAUUUCUUUUUUCUUCACAACAGACUGAAAAUGGAGUCUGUUAUUCCUGUCGGCGAGAAGGGUGAAUGUUCGGAACCCCCUAAUGUCAUUGCCAUAGUAAGUGGCGUUUCCGGAGCUAUAUUGGCUAUUGGUCUUCUCCUUCUGCUUUUGUGGAAAAUUCUAACAACGAUCCAUGACCGCCUGGAAUACGCAAAAUUUCUUCGUGAUCGUGAACUAGCUAAAUGGCCGCGGGGAGAAAACCCAAUCUACAAGCGACCAACUACCAUCUUUUUAAAUCCUGCUUACACAACGGGUUCCGAGAACUAAAGUUAAACGAAGACAUUUAUCCGCAUGAACUUUCUCUACGUUAAGUUCCCUCAUUGACUCUGUC